CCAUGAAGGUGAACGGUCAAAAGGUUAAGGAAGUGAAAAUAAAGGAGGAACUGCCCGAAUCACGGCAAGCCUUCAGGAAUCUCUUCAACUGCUUCUAUGCCCUGGGCAUGCAGGCUCCGGAUGGCAGUCGUCCGACGAGGAGCACCACCUGGAGGCGAAUCUAUCGCUGCUUCUCGGUGGUCAUGUAUGUGUGGCAAUUGCUGUUGGUGCCCACCUGCUUUGUGAUCAGCUACCGGUAUAUGGGAGGAAUGGAGAUCACUCAGGUGUUGACCUCCGCCCAGGUGGCCAUCGAUGCGGUCAUCCUGCCGGCCAAGAUUGUGGCCUUGGCCUGGAAUCUACCACUGCUGCGGAGGGCAGAGCACCACCUGGCCGCCUUGGAUGCGAGAUGCCGGGAUCGGGAGGAGUUCCAGCUGAUCAUUGAGGCGGUGAGGUUCUGCAACCGCCUGGUCUGGUUCUACCAGAUCUGCUAUGCCAUCUACUCCUCCUCGACCUUUGUGUGCGCCUUUCUCCUGGGCCAGCCGCCAUAUGCCCUUUACUUACCUGGCCUGGAUUGGCAGCGUUCCCAGUUGCAAUUCUGCAUUCAGGCCUGGAUCGAGUUCAUCAUCAUGAACUGGACGUGUCUGCAUCAGGCCAGCGAUGAUGUCUAUGCCGUAAUCUAUCUGUAUGUAGUGCGAAUCCAGGUGCAAUUGCUGGCCAGAAGGGUCGAGAGAUUGGGUCGGGAUGCGAAGCUGGGGCAGAUGGAAAUCUUUCCAGACGAGCGGCGGCAGGAGGAGAACUGUGAGGAGCUACAGCGGUGCAUUCUGGAUCACCAGACGGUGCUGCAGCUGCUCGGCUGCGUCAGCCCGGUCAUCUCGAGGACCAUAUUCGUCCAGUUCCUGAUCACCGCCGCCAUCAUGGGCACCACCAUGAUCAACAUCUUCAUUUUCGCCAAUACGAACACCAAGAUAGCCUCGAUCAUCUACCUGAUGGCGGUGACCCUGCAGACGGCUCCUUGCUGCUACCAGGCCACCUCGCUGAUGCUGGACAACGAGAAGCUGGCCCUGGCCAUCUUCCAGUGCCAGUGGCUGGGCCAGAGCGCCCGGUUCCGCAAGAUGCUCCUCUACUACCUCCAUCGCGCCCAGCAGCCCAUCAAGCUGACGGCCAUGAAGCUGUUUCCCAUCAACCUGGCCACCUACUUCAGUGUGAGUACGGGUAACUUUCAUUAA